GUAUGCCUUGUGAAUUUCGCCCAAAAUAUCUCGUUCGUCUUAUAGUGAGAGGCAACAAAAUGCUGGAGAAGCUAUGGGAAGGCGUCCAGGUACAUACAUUGUUAGUGUUUUAGCAUUUGCUUAUAUUCUUGUUUAACCUCUCUUAUAAUCUAAUUAGGUUUAAUAAAAAUUGUCAAUAUGCCUUGUGGAUCCUUGUGAUCCACGGUUUAAUUAUUCUUACAUACAUACUAAAGUUUAGUUAUUAUCGUUAUAAAAUUAAAACGACUAUAUAUAUCACUGAUAUUGAUGAUUGAAGAAUAUAUACCAAUGGUUUAAAAACAAGAAACAAACAACUUUCAGUCACUUGGAAGUCUCGUGAAGAUGGAUCUGUCAGAAUGUGAAAACCUAACAGAAGUUCCGGAUCUUUCAAAGGCCACCAAUCUGGAGAGUUUGAAACUCAAUAAUUGCAAAAGUUUGGUGAUGUUACCUUCUACUAUUGGGAAUCUCCAAAAUUUGGAGCAUUUGGGUCUCAGUGGAUGCAAAAGUUUGGUGAUGUUACCUUGUACAAUUGGGAAUCUCCAAAAAUUGUUGCAGUUGGGUCUCAGUGGAUGCAAAAGUUUGGUGACGAUUCCUUCCACCAUUGGGAAUCUCCCAAAAUUAUGGAGUUUGUAUAUGGAUGGAUGCACAGGGCUGGAGGUUCUUCCAACCGAUGUCAACUUGUCAUGUCUUGGAAGCCUCUGUCUCAAUGGUUGCUCAAGUUUGACAAGUUUUCCUCUCAUUUCAAGUAGUAUCUACACGCUCCAUCUAGAAAACACCGCCAUUAAAGAAGUUCCCAACUGCAUUGAAAAUUUCUCGAGGCUCGUUGAACUAACGAUGAGUGGUUGCAAGAGGUUAAAAAAUGUCUCCCCAAACAUUUUUGGACUGACACGUCUUAAGAAGCUCGACUUUACAGACUGUGGAGGUGUCGUUACGGCACUGCGUGAUGCCACUGUGAUGGGAACAUUGGAAGAUCACUUUUCUUGUAUAACUGAUCGCGUAUAUUGUAAGUUCUUGAAUUGCUUCAAACUGGAUGAGGAUGCCCGAGAACUCAUCCUACAAUCAUACUUCAAGCCUACGGUCUUACUAGGUGGACAAGUACCUAAGUAUUUCACGCGUCGAGCUUAUGAAGAUUCCCUAUCUGUCACUUUACCUCAUAGCUCUCUCUCUCAAGAUUUCUUGCGAUUCAAGGCUUGCGUCGUGGUUGACUUUCGAACCGCGGUCGAGGAUCGGGACUCAUGUUUGCUGGUAAACGCUGUCUUCAACGGCAGAAAGUAUUGGCAAUUAUUUUCAAAAGAGACAGGCCUGCACUGGGGUAACACGGAUCAUCUGUUUGUUUGUUCCUUCAAGUUCCAACCUAUGGAUCUUCCGUCUAAAUUGGUUUUCAACGAUGUGGAGUUUAAGUUUUCUUACUCCUGUAGGAUAAAAGAAUGCGGUGUACGACUCUUGAAUGUCUAUCCAUCUCCAGAUGGUCCUGCUAGAAGCUCUGAAACAGAGGAGUACAACCAACAGUCUAGAGGAAAAGGUGACGUUGUAGUUGAGACUAGGAGAAGCAAGAAGCGGACGCGGAUGACAUCUGUAGAAUAUAUCAACUUACCCUGUGGCCAAAUUGUAGCGGACACAGGAUCCGACGCUCUAAAUCUGGAGCUUUCGUUAGGGCAGGGAGACGCAUCAUCAGUUUCUCUGGAGGAGGAAGCUUUCUGUGUUGAUAUCAUGAUAACUGAGAAACAAGAUGCAGUUAUUCCCAUCUUGGAUAUCCCGGAACCUGAUUCAGAAUCAGAUGCAUGUUUCGAACUUGAUAUUUAACAGCUAUGCACGUUUCAAACUUUAUAUUUGGCAGCUUUUUUCUAUUUUACCAUGCAUCUAUCGAUUUUUUUAGUUCAAAACAUUGAAUUUUUCUCUUUUUAAA